AUGGCGCAAAAUAUGGGAGCAAUGGAGGCACUUUUGAAAAGCAUGUAUAUGCAACAAAAUCCACAUUUAAGUGAAGAGGAAGUAGAUGAUAAGAUGAGAGAAGCUUUGCACAAUGAUAAUAUUCCAACACCACGCUCAUCGACAUCAACAUAUGCUCUUACUCAUCAAAAGUUUUAUAAGUUACUCAUUAAGUUAAUGGUUAAAAAUAAAGAUGAUCCUCAAGAUGAACAAGAUGAUGAUCUUCAAUAUGAUCAAGAUGAUGAUGAUCUUCAAUAUGAUCAAGAUGAUGAUGAUCUUCAAUAUGAUCAAGAUGAUAAUGAUCUUCAAUAUGAUAAUUUUCAAGAUGAUGAUUCUCAUGAACCUCAACACAAUGAAUAUGAUAAAGACCGCCAUUGA